CCCCCCCCCCCCGAUCUUUUAUCGUUUUAUUUCUUUCUUUUAUUUUGUAAAGUGCUGGAAACUGUUUUGAACCAGCUUUAAAGGAACCAUUCUAUGUUAAUGCUGAGUUGGAUCUGUAUAAUGUAUCUCUACUGGGCAAAGUAUAAAAAGGAUAACUCUCCGCAACCUACCUCAGCUUAAAAUGUGGUUAUCAAACUUUUCAUGGUCGUGAUCUGGAUGGUUAGAACAAACGAAACACUUGAAAAGAAAAAUAUGAAUCCCCAUGAACAAGGUUACGCAAAGAAAGGAAACAUAAAACCGGCCGAUAGUGAACAAAGUAGGAAAGGAACGAAAUUCACUAAGGAGGGGUUGUUUCUGUUUCCGAAGAACGAGCAAAGGCCAAAAGUUUCCAUUUUCGGGCUUUGCUUCCCAUCCUCAUGACGUACUCCAUGAAAACGGUCACCGAAAACACAAAUUUUUGUAAACGUUUGCCGAAGAUGGAAUUUUUGAACAGUCGUCAGUUUCACCUUUUUGUGGGAACCAGUUUCAUGAGGUUGACACGCGCUAUAAGGGUAAGGCUCGGUCAAUGCUCCAAUGCUGUAAGGUUUUACUUAUUAGAAGACACUGGAAACGAGUCUGAAAAUUAUCCGGCCAUAUCCCACCAUUUCUUCAAUUGGGAGAGUUUGAUCAAUGACCGUCCACGUCAGUUGCUAGGCAAACCAUCAAUCACAAUGUAUAGAGAUACCUGUUUCAGAGCGAAUUAAUGGACCGCUGUUCGCAUGACAAGGGUUUGUAUAAAAUUCUCAGAAAAGGCGAGAAAAAAAUCUUAAGGACAAGAACCCUCAAGGUGAAACUGGAUUGACAAUAGAUGUGGUCAUGCUUGAACUAACUGCUUUUGUGUAAGGUAUAUUUCGAGACAACAGCCUCCGGCAAAACUCAUUCAUUGCUUUUUUUUUUCGAUUUCCAACCGAUAUUAUUCAAAUUGCUUUGACGAAAGCAGUCCUGACAAAAACAGUGUAGAAUUUAGAACGAUCAUUCGUUGCUUCUCAACCAAUACGAUUGGCAAUUGCACUCAGCGAACUCGUGUGCAUGAAAACUUCGAAAAGUUUCGAAAGUUGGCAAUCUUCGCUGCCUUGGAUACAGUUGGAAGAGGCGGACUAAUCAAGCUUUUAUCCACCUUUUGGGCUUCAAUAAUUUAUCAGUUUAAACGUGCAUAUCAAAUUAGCUAGAGCAAAUUUGACUUCAAGUGGCCAUAUUUGCAGGAUUUUUGGCAGUUUUUAGUGCUAUAAAUCUAAGGAACUCGAUUGGAUUAGCAACAUGGCUUUGAGCUCGGCUAAGAUGUGCUUCAUGGCUGUUCUUCAGUUUUAUGUGUUCCUGUUUCAAACGACUGCUGGACAAUCUGUCAGUAAUUGGGGAGCAUGGGGCGAAUGCUCAAAGGACUGUGAUGGUGAACAAACUCGAACACGAGAGUGUAUUACGUCCACACCGUGUGGGACGCUAGAGGACAAGAGAGAAUGUAGCACUAAUUGGUGUUUAACCUUAGAAAUGAUUGUUGCCUUGGCAAUCAUUGCAGCUGCGAUUCUAACAAUAGUCAUCGUCAUCAUUGCGCUUCUGUGCAGAAUAAGACGAGAAAGGAUUAAGAGAAAACAAGAACCUGCGAACAUUACGCACUCAAUCGAACGAAUGUACGAUGACGCAAUUAGCACACGGAGUCAGUCCAUGCGCCAUUUUCCUUCAGUUGACAGUUUUCCAGAACCUCUAAAAGAACCGGAGGAACUGGGACUGGACAGCUUUGCCUUCGACACCGAAAGCUUGGCUGAGAGCAUUAGAGAAGUCAGCUACUCAUUCGGCGCAGACGAGGAGUACCAACCACAAGGACAAGCGAAAAAGGAAGAGGAAAAGAGGAUUUCCCUUAAGGUUGUCUCCGUGACGGAGACCCAAGCUAUCGGUAAAGACCUUGAGGUCAAAGACACGCCCCCUCCGGUUUAUGCAGUUGUGAUGAAGCCUCGAACUCAAGAUGCGAGGCUGUAGUUGUACGUUUUAACAAACUUAGUUUGAACUUCUAGGAAAGAUUGUGUGAUGGCUAACCAACUUAGAAAGAUUGCGUGACGUGUAGAAGAACUUGCGCGAUAUGGAAAGUGCUAUGCUACAAUCGAACGAGGAUAGGACCAGCAUGGUGCAAAGCUUUUAUUUUUUAGUUUCUGUUACUAAUCUCUUGUACCAAUGUAAUGCUAAAAUAUGAUAAGAAAAUAUAUUGAUAAGUGGGAGGAGUUCAUGAGGGAGGCCGGUCAGGGCGCUUUAAAUCAUUUGGCGAGUUUUUGGUUUCUAUUUGCCGGUCUAGAAUUAAAUUCCCCCUGUUAAGAGCCAAAAAUAUUCAGAAUUGUUCAUUUUGUGAUAAAAGUACGAAACUUGCCAAGAUUACUAAAUCACGCUACGUCCAACAAUAACCACUUUUACGACAAGAAAAUGUUGUCCUGCCACUUUCUAUUUACGCUUCUUUCAUUAUGUACUCUGAAAAACUAAGAUAAACUAUUUUUGUGGCAUUAUCCUCGAAAAUGUUUCAGCAUUUUUCGAUAAAUACCAUAAGGUUUCAUGAUUGCUAAGAUUUUGUUUCGAAAUAAAACGCAUUUUUAAAAUAUAGAUUUGUCUGAUGAUCACAGGGUCUUCUUAAGGAUUUCCAUCUUUGAUCACCUUGCCUGCUUCCACAUUGCACCGUUAAUUCGUUUCAUAAAUAUCAACAAAAAAAAAAUCAUGGUCUCAGCCAAGGCAAAUCAAGAGCGAGUGUCAGCAAGAAUCAAACAAAAUCGGAAAUUAGCGGUAAAAAUGUGAAAAUCCAAAUUUGCUCAAACUCGGACUAUUAAUAGUUCAUAUUGAACUAUUCAUGGAUAUAUGAUUUAUUUCUCAAAUGGUUCUUGUGGGCUUAUGCAUUAGAAAUGCUUAAGGCCCGCUAAGUCCUCAAAAGCUUUUGACAACCGCAGAUUAUUAGUUUUCACGGACAAAAAAUUGUGGGUCUGUUUUUUCUUGUUUUUUUUUUUUUUUUUAAUUUUUUUAAUUUUUGUUUUUUUCCAACGAACUGGGUUCAAUCUGAGACACUUAGACACUUGCAUAACCCGGCUGCGAGAGCAUCCUGUUUUCGGCUCUUGUUUGACCCGCUUAACUAUGGAGUGGGAAGUAAAGGCCUGGCUAAACUAGGAAACAUUAUGACAGAACAUUGUUGGGGGGAAAAUGUUCCCCAGUUUAGUCGCGCGGGAAACAUAUGUUGCGGAAACAAAUUUUGCUGCUCGGAAACACAAAAUGUUUUUGCCCCAAGUCCAAAAUAUUUUUGCUUACCGGACACAAAUUUCGCGUCCGAAGCACAUGUUUCCCAGUUUAGCCGCCAUGAAAACAAUGUUGACAAGGUUCCAGUGCUGCCCAUUAAAAAUGCUCCCAGUAACGGCGAGCGUACAACAUUGGCUAACCGCGAGGUCGAAGUAGAAGAGCCACAAACAGGUGAGAGAAAGGGGAAGGGAAAGAAGGAAAGUAACUGGACGAGCGAGUGGAGAGAAGGAAGUGGCUUACUGUCGAAUCGAUUCACGGAUUUCAGAGAAAUAUGGUAUCACAAGGGACAAUUACAAAAGAUCACAAAUUAUGAGAGAACAAGCCCCAGAACAAAAAAGAUGUCUCCCCAGUCUUCUUCGAAAGUCAGUUUAUUAUAAUGCGCAUGCGUGACUCUUUGUUUCCUCGUUUAGCCACCGGGGCAGCAAAGUAUUUUGUUUGUUUCCCGCUAAUCUAGCCACCCCGCAAACAGGUCGAAACAUAGCAAGAAAAAAUGCUUCCGCAACAAUGUUUCCUAGUUUAACCUGGCCUUUAAGGUAAGUUAUUUAGUUGAGAAACUUGACAGUAUUUGUACUUCCUAGGAGCAAUCGUGCUCUUAGGGUUCGUCACGCAAUCUUUCUCCGCAAAGUGUAAGAGAAAGAUUGCGCGACGAGCCCAAAGGGCGUCUGCGUAGGAGGCUAAUACGAACUCUUAUAUGACUUUAGUUUCCCACGGUGUCCAAUCGAUGACAAUCGGUACCAAUCAAUAUCAAUACAUCGAUUGAUGUCGAUAAUAGAUGACCAAUCAAUGAAGAUGAUUUGUGUGAACCUUUAUCGAUUGGUCAUUUUAUUCAGGUUUGGAACCGAUAAGAACACGGUUUUGACGUUACGCGACCUAGCAGAUUGCAUCCUAUGGCUUACAUGUUGUGUGUUUGUAAUUCUUAAAAAAAAAAUCUUUGAUUUCUCUGAAGAUCUUUCGCAGCAACCCCGCGAGCAGAGUCGCUUCGAUCUUAUUCCCAGCCUUUUAUGAUUUGUUGUCUUAAUACCCGCGCACUCGAUGUAGCAGCUCUGAGUCGCGUAAGGAAGACUAGCUUUCGUCUUCAGGCGACAAGAAAAACUUGUUCGGCAACCUUUAUCGGUUUCAAUUAGGCGACGAGAAGUUUGCAGAGUAGAGGGGCUCAAUCGAAAAUGCAUAAAUCUGUCGGAGCACUGUAUUUUAUGUAGUGCAGCUGUUCUUGUACUUCCUGUAGUAUGCAGGGAAAGCCAUUCGACAUUGAAAUACUAAAGAACUGAAAAUAAGGAACAAUUCCCUGCGUUUUCCUCUUUUUUUUUUGUCCUCAAUGCGGACCUAGUAUUUUAAGACAAGAGUAAUUCCAUUUUAGGUAAAGCUUAGCUCAUGUCAAUCAUCAUUAACGGGGAAAUCUACGGAUUUGUUCAUAGAGAACCUUGAUUUUCAUGUGUAUAUGACAUCCAGAAAUCACAGAAAUCGCGACGCCCACCUCUCGAUGAAGAUCAUUUAAGGUCAUUCAACUUUCCGUACCUAUUACAUGUUUCCGCCUCGACUUUAUACCCAAACGUUCAGUUGAUUCGUUGCAAUUUCUCGAAGAGGAAGACUGACUGUAUUACAAAGGGGGAGGAGGCAAUUUAUGUGAUCGUCGUGUUUUCGUCUUUUAGCGGUGCCAAGUUGAAAGAAGAAGGCUAAUUUAUGACGUUACUCGCUGUUGACUAAGAAUAGCUCAUUGUUACAAUAUAUCCUUUAAAAAAGUAAUCAAGUGUGAAAAAAGAGUCUGAACGAGAAUAGUUAACUACGAUAGACUUCCGCCCUUGUAAGGGGAUCAGUUCUGUGACGUUUGCGAAGUAGCCUGUGAGGAAGCUGUCUUUACAGCUCUUCUGAGCAGGGGUGAAGGGAAGGAGAACAAGGAUAACUUGACAGGAUGUGUCACGCAUGGACAAAGUUGUCAAUCAUUUGGCGUUUAGAUAAUUUGACAAUAAGGGCGUAUUCGCAAUCAAAGAUGAAAAACUGACCAAAAAUACUUUACAAGUGCAAAGAAAGUAAUCAAGCAAGUAACAUACAGGCUACUUUUCUCCCUUUCUCUUGCACUAUUGAUCACGUGUACAAGCCAGCUUAAUAUUAUGAGGUCACGAGCCAUAUCAGUGCACUGAUCUCUUAUGUAUGGAAUGAGGGCAACCCCCUCUUGAUUACUAUUUUUGUAAAUCAGCUUUUGAUUUUACAUUCAGUCGUUUUACAAGGCACGUAGGAUUGUUUGUGCAGAAGUUUUGUCUUUUCAGAAACUCAGACUUCCCAAUAUUUCUCAACGACUUGCUGUGAACUUUUCUACAUAGGCUACCGAGUCAUCGGAAUCAUGGGUUUCUGUCUGAUCAGCUGAGGUGAAGGUCUGAGGUAGGCAAUCGAUACAAAAUAGAUGCAUAAUCUUUGUUGACGCAUUUUGAAUAGAUAUGCAUUGUCUGUAUCUUAGAUCUGGUUUCUCGUGGGGAAUAAAGUGUUCAAAUUAUGCCAAGGUAGUAAUUAAGAAUGCUGCUGUUGUAUGUAUUUUUUUUUCUACAACGUUACUCAUUGUUAUGUAUUUAAUAUCCAGAAAUUGCGACACCGACCACUCGAUAUCAGUCAAGUUCACUGAAGGUCUUUGAACUUCCCGUAUCAAACGUGCUUUCCGGCCUCAACUUUAUACCCGAGUACUCAAUUGCUUCUUAGUCCAUUUAUUUCUCAAAGGGCGACUGUGUGUUUUUCAAAGUAGAAAGAGGUAAGUUCGGUGAUCUAAGUGGAAAUAUGUCGUGUGUUAGACUAAUAGCGAUGUUAAGUGUAAUUUGCCGAUGACGCGUACGUGACUCGCUGGUGACUGAGAGUUGCCCAUUGUCACGACAUAUCCCUAAAAGUAAUCAGGUGAGAAAAAGAAAAAGUCUGAAAGAAAGCAGUUAACUUCGAUAGACUUUCGCGGUUGUAGGGGAGUCUGUGAUAUUCGCGAAGUAGCCUACGAGGAAGCUGUCUUAUAGCUCCUCUGAGCGGGAAGGAAGGAAGGGUGCGUCACGGAUUGACAUAGCUGUCACUGUCAGUCGUCUGGUGUUUAAAUACUUUGAAAAUAAGGGUGUCUACCUGAUCAAGGUUGAAAAACUGACUAAAAUUACCAAAAAACUACAAGGGAAGUAAUCAAGCAACACACAGGCGGCUUUUCUACCUUUCUCUUACACUAUUGAUCACGUGUACAAGUGAGAUUAAUAUUAUGAGGUCACGAGCCAGAUGUGCCAAUUUUUCUUUGAAAGAGGGAAAAACCCCUAUUUGAUUAUUUAUAAUUCAAAUUUUUGUUUCGCUUUUAGUCGUUUUCAAUACAUGGUAACGUUAGUUGUGCAAAAAGUCUCGUCGAUUCAGAAACUAUUCUAUUCUAGUGUUUCACAUCGACCUGUGCAUUAAUUCAUGAAAACGUUUCUCCAUAGGCUAUACCGACUUAUCUCAAUCGUAUUUUUGUGUCAGUUUAGCCGAGGUGAAGAACUGAGUCAUGGCGGAAAGUCAAGUCAAUUCUCGUGAAGCAAAACUGGAUUUUGAUGAACAUGUUUUAGAAGUCAUAGCUCAAGGCCCAGCUCCAGUCCCACAUCCUUCUGAUGAAAAACUUGAUUUUGAUGAUGAUACUCUAAAAGGUGAGAAAAUAACUGACAACUAGUUUAUUAUCUAAUACAGUGUUAAUUUUACACCAAAUCGAAGCUGUUCAGUUAGUUUUGGUGGCAUUUUGAGCUAUGGCUUACGAGCCCGGCCCAGAGGUCAGCGAUUGGGUCUUCAGGGAAAACUCUGGGGUAAAAAAAUAAUAUAUUUUAUAUUUGACUGGCUAUUGACAAGAUCAAACAAGCCCGCCAUAUCGCCGAAGCUGAAGCGUACCAAAUAGGUACGAUUAAUUAAUUACUCUAUCCAAAUUCGACUAAAAAGCUGACCCCAUCAGGCCAGUGACUUGAUAUCUUGUUUUGCUUUAUUGAAAAAACAAAACAAAACAAAACAAAACAAAACAAAAACAAACACAAAAACAAGAAUAAAUCAAUAACCGCCCGGUUUGCAUGUAAGGCUUCUGCAAGCUUUAAACAAUAGUUUCAUAAGCGUAACAAGACUGGGGUAGCCUAAAGGGCCUUUUGAUAAAAUAAUUUUAGAAUGAUAUUAAUUAAGUAAAAUAUAUGAAAGAACGUGUACCUGAACUGCGGAGAAAGAUAUGAAGACAUGAUUGAUCAUCGCAGUUAUAAACACAACUUAAGGAGUUGUGAAAUUGUAUAAUGGUGAAGAUACGAGCUAAAUUAAAGCCUGGAAAUAACUGCUUCACCUUGAAGUUGUGUUUAUAACUGCGAUGAUCAAUCGUGUCUUCAUAUCUUUCCCCGCAGUUCAAAUAUAUGUUCUUUCACAUAU